UAGUUCACCAAUAGGAUUGAUCAAUCCCAUAAGACGUACAUACGCCAAUUCUUGAGCCAAGGUCAAGUGAUGCUUACGUCACCUGCAGACCUCGACGGCUUGUUUACCAUUUACGCUGUGCGGUAUUGCUUGUGUUUUUGUUAAUUCGAAAAGGUCGUACAAGUGAUUGAAGAGUUGGAAAUUCGUUUUUUACUUAGUUCUACGUUUUAAAAACUAUUAUUUGUGUGUAUUAUAUAUGUGGAGAAUAGUGAACAAAGACAAUAUUAUUGUUUAAGGCAAAAUAAUCUUGUGAGACUUUCAAGGGUAGGUAAAAAUGUUUUGUUAUAUUAAAGCUGGAUUUAAAUAGCAAAAUAAAAAUUAAAAUCCAAGUCAGUUACUGGCUGAAAGAAAACCAGCUGAGCAGAAAUGACAAUUUAAUUGGCUUAUUUAAAUUUCUAUUCUUUAUACACCACAAUAAAAAAUUAAAAAAAUGGGCGAAUCAUAACAGCGUUUUUGGUCGGUUGGUUUGCAUUUGUCCAGCAACUAAUCUAGAUUUUUAUUUUACUUUUUUUUGCUAAAUGAAACUUUGUUUGUUUGAUUUUAGUGCAUGUAGUAUAUGUCCAAAAAUCAAAAUGCCUGUACACGUUGUGCUGUGUAUGGUUGUGGUAAUACCUAUAAAACAAGGCAGCAAGAACAUGAAUAUUUUAUAUUUCAUCGGUUUCCCAAAGCUAAAGAUCUUGUUUCCCAAACUAUGAGAAAAGAAUGGAUAUUACGAUGCAAACGGGAAGAUAAAUUUAACCCUGAUACUAGCUACAUCUGCUCAGUUCAUUUCACAGAAAAGGAUUAUGAAAGAGACUUACAGAAUGAAUUAUUAGGUUUACCACUACGAAAAAUAUUGAAAAAAACCGCUGUUCCUACUUUGGGAUUGUAUUCAAAAAAAUCAACAAGUGAAGCUAGUAGAACUUAAAAUUAACUGAAUAAUUG